UCCUUGCGCGCUUCUUUAUCUGAUUGUGACGUCAUAGUAUGUUGACUAUUGACCACACGAAGUGAAGAAAAGCGACUAAAUCCAAUCUGAAAAUUUAAAAUUGGACCUGCAUUGAUCUAAAGGAAAAAGAAUUUAUUCAUGUGCGUCUGUGUGGCUGGCGACAUUUCAGAAACUGUCUAGACCAAAGGAGGGUGAACUGAAUGUAUGCUACAGGAACUAAGGCUAGUGGUGGGAAAGGAGCUGCCGACGACGUGGAGAAGAUGGAGGAAGAGAGGCCAGUGAGUGACAUGGAAUACUGCAGCGCAAAAGAUGCCUGGGAGAAGCUGAGGAUAAGGAUAAAAUGGACGGAUCCCCCGAUUUCAGGAGAUGCCUCUACUUGUAUGAUGAGUCCUUUAACAAUAAAGUUGUGCAUAGAAUGUGAGAAACCUAUAAUACUUCGUAACUUCAGUGCUUUUGUAUGGACUCACGUGUAUCACCAGGAAGCCAAGACGACAGUAAACAAACCGUCAGACAAGAUAGUGACCCUAAGUUCAACUCGUACUAUUGUGGUUGAAGACUGUGAACGAUUUUUUAAAACUCUGCAGGACAACCCCAAGGGAAUCUACCGAGAGAUUGAGCUCAAGUACAAGGAGGAUUCGAGAAAAUGGGAUGAGACCGGCCUCACUACAUAUGAGUUUAGUACUGUGGUCUACCCAACCUGCUUCGGGGAAUACAGACUGACUUACAACGUCAAGUAUAUCCGGCCAGACAAUGUCAAGGUCAUGGUUUGGGCAAACGAAUUUCAGGAUGACUGCAGACUUCUCGUCACCGACCCGGAUCCAGGCAACGAAUGGAUGAAAGAGAUUUCGUUUUCUCAGAUGACCCAGAACAUGUUCCUGGGCAACUACAAGUCUAUUUUGGCCGCUGAGGACCUUGGCUUCGACGCCGUGCUGAACUUUGACCCUGAGACGGAGAUGGAAGCGGACAGCGUCUUGUCUGCGAAUAUAACCAGGGCGUUCCAGGCGAUGGAAGUGGGCACAGGGGCAGCGUUUGAGCUACCCCCUGAGAAGAUACAAGACCUGGUCAAGUGGUUGUGGAAUGUCUACCCGAAGUACCAAAAGAUCCUCAUCGGGGACCGCGACGGCAUCAGCCACGCCGGGAGUGCUAUGACUUCGUACAUCUUCGCAAACAACCCAAAUCUGACGUUUGAGGAGGCCUACCGCUAUGUAUCCUCGCGCAGGUUCAUCUACUGCCACAAAGGGUUGAAAGAGAUCCUCAUGGAAUCCUACCCGAGAGAUUAAAGCUAGACCCAAACACGAUGUGCGAGAUCUGUCCAACAAACGUUUUCAUAGAGUCUGUUGUGGAGUAGAACUUUGGAAAGAAUUAAAACGUCAGCACAAAAAUUGUAA